UUAAUCUGUCAAAAGGUUGUCAGUGAAAGUGUCCAUCAUUUAUUGUUAUUAAACUUUCUUAUUGGAAAAAUGGAUAAAGAAAUUGGGCAAUAAACUAAUUUAAAAUGAGUGUUUUUUGUGAUUUUCAACAAGUGUGGCUGCAAAGAUUCCCGGAAAGUCCUCUACCUGGCGCUUGGGAGGAGGACGUCAGGGCAAAUUUGGCCAAACAUAAACAGAAAGUCUCUUUGCUUAAGGAGGAGCUGGAAAAGGAGGAAUUUUACGUGGAGUAUCUGGAAAGAUUACUUAACGAUGUGGAAUUACACAAGAAAAAAUUGGCAAAAGAAAAACCAGACGAAAAUUGCGAGGAAAUUGGUGAUGUCACAACAGAUACCAUAUCUAAAAAUGAAUCGAUGGUGACUCCACCUACAACCCCGCUAAAUAAUGACGAAACUGAAGUUUUUUCGGCGAACAUGUGCGUAAACGAAAUCUCGAAUCAAAUGACGACGUCCUAUGCGGAGAAACCAAUCGAACCGACAACUCCCGAAGCCGAUUCGGGCACCUUCGUCACCGUCAUUGAGGUAAACGGACUUAAGCAGCAAUCAACAGCUUCACCUGUCAAACUGCCCCCAAAGUUACCUGCCAGACCGGAAUCCCUAAAAAACCUAAGCAAAGAAAAAAACAGGUCAAGAAACAGCGACUCCAUAUCCUCGUCGUCGGAACUAAUCGACGAGCCCUUCUACGACAUGGUGGCGCCCGAAGAAGAAGAAUGCGUAAUCCAAAGCAAUCACUCAAGUACCGAGAACGUGUUCAGCUCGUCCAGCACCUUACCGUUGGGUUCCAAGAGGGAAUCCACCCAGACUAUUCAGGAACCGCAAUCGCCGGGUACCUCUAACUAUGUAAACAUCGAAUAUUUUAUACAAUCAACGAAGAAAAACGGCAACGAUCACAGCAGUAGCGAUGAAGAGCAUGAAGAAGUGGCAGAACUGAAGAAAAAUAAUGCUGAUAAUGUUUCCUAUGCCAGUUCCAGUUCCUUGGAAUCUAUGACUCCUUCGACUAGAAGAAAGUUCCUUAACGAAAAUGAUAUCAAAGAAGCUGAAAGACUUUCCAUGUACAAAUCCAUCAUUCAAAACAUCAUUGACAGUGAAAGUAACUAUGUUGAAUGGCUUAACGUUCUUAUAAGGUAUUUAAAAGCUAUUAAAGCUACAGUAUCAACAUCACAACCAAUUGCAACCCAACCGGAACUGGAUACAAUAUUCUACAAAAUACCUGACCUAUUUGAGUUACACAAGAACUUUUUGGAAAUGCUUAGGAAACACAGCCAGAGAUGGGACACCAAAAUUGGACCAGUUUUUAAAAACAUGGCAUCUAAUUUAACAAUUUACGGUGCUUUUCUGAGUAACUACGGCCGAGCUCUGGACACGGUGAGCAAAUGCAGCGAAGCCAAUAGCCAAUUCAGCGAAAUCAGCAAGAAUAUAACGUGCAAACACUUGUCCGAGCAGCCCAUAUCUUUGGAAGAUCUUUUGCACAAACCAGUCGCAAGAAUGCAGAAAAACGGCUUGGUCUUACACGACCUCAUCAAAUGCAUCCCCAAAAAUCAUCCGGACUACAAUAGCGUUAAAGAGGCUUUGGUUACUACGCAACAGUUUUUGGACCAGUUUAAUAUGAUACAGACUAAAAUGAUGUUUAAGACAAGUGAUAGGGCACAAAGAAGGCUAGUGAAAAAUUCCUUUAUCGUUGAAUAUUCGGAAAAUACCAGGAAACUGCGUCACCUGUUUUUAUUCAAUGACGUUAUAGCCUGUGCAAAAUACAAGUCUGCUUCAGGUCAAAAGUACACUUUCGAACUAAAAUGGUUUAUUCCCGUUGAAAACAUCUUUAUAAUCGAGGAGACCACUGCUAAUUCGCACGAAACUGCUCCAUCGCAGAUUGUGGCUUUAAAAUCACAGGCUUCCAAUGUCAGAGAUCAGUUGAGACAUGAGGAGAAGCAUGCUGAAGAAAAAAAAAUCCGUAUUCGAGGCACAGAUAAGUACCGCAAACGUCUUCUGGAACUUGAAAGCCAAUUGGUGCUGGUUUCUCCGAACUUGGUGUUCCGCAUUCGUCACCGCCAAAACAACAAACCCUACACGUUCUUCUUGUCUUCUGAUUUCGAGCGAAACCAAUGGAUAGAGGCGAUUUUAACAUUGCAAAGGGCCGGACAACCGCCCCCGUCCGCCAAAACGUUUACAAUGUUGGAGCUACAGACUUGGAUAACCGCUUGCAGAACGUUUUUGAAGACCAACAUGGGUUCUUAUUUGUUGAGAAAUUCUCAGGAUGAAAAAUUGUUGGUCGGUGAUUUGCAUUUGCAUAUAUACGAGAUGAAAAACGUUGAAUUUCCUUGCGAUUUGUAUGUGUGCGCCGAGGUCGAUUUCUACGGGCACUUCUUCCAAAAAGCCAAGACAAAAAUCGUUUGCGAUUCCACAGCUCCGGUGUGGAACGAGCAUUUCAUCAUAGAUCUAGAAGGUUGCGAGAACCUUCGCAUUCUCGUGUACAGGGACGGCGACAUGCCCACCUUGUACGGCAAGUUGACACACAAGCUGAGCAGAAAGUGGCUGAACGAGAAGGAGAUACACGAGAUGAACUUGAUGGUGAACGGCAGCCAACUGCGGGUCGGGCUGAAGUUUGUGCCGUGCGAAAUGAGUUUGAGGAGGGUGCCGAGCGGUAAAGUUGGCAGCUUGUUUGGAGAAAAAAUACAGAAUGUUGCAAGACGACAAAAACGCAACAUACCGUUUAUCAUAACGGCCUGCAUUAGAGAAGUUGAGAGAAGGGGAAUGGCUGAAAUCGGAAUAUACAGGGUGUCAGGAUCUGCCACUGAAAUAUCCAAAUUAAAAAAGUCAUUUGAAACAAAUAAUUAUGAAGCUGAACAAAACCUAAAAGAAGUUGAUAUACAUUCUGUGACUGGUAUUUUAAAAUUAUAUCUUCGGGAGUUACCUGAGGCACUUUUUACAGACCAUUUAUACCCAGAGCUUUUGGAAUCUUUUAAUCAGAGUAACGGUAAUCUUAAGAGAAGAACUGAAUUAUUAAAGGAGUGUUUUGAAAAACUGCCCCCACAGAACCAUGCCACCAUUAAAUAUAUACUGGACCAUUUAAUAAAGGUUUAUCAGCAUGAAGGCGACAACAAGAUGUCCUUGCAUAACUUGGCAACGGUGUUCGGUCCGACGUUGCUGCGCCCGGCUAUCAAAGCCGAUUCGAAAUUGAAGGGCGCCGUGGACGUGAUGGCCGCUGGAACCGUCGACGUGAUGGCGCAAGCAGGAAUACUUUACUGCUACCUGCAGGACAUCAACCGGCAGUCGAUGAUAUGCAGCUGAAGACGCGUUGUCGGUGGAAAUGUGGCAACGCGGGCUGCCGCGAAGUGGUUUGUUUUACCCCUGCGACUGAAACAAGUGCAUUUUUUUAUUUAUACUUGACUGUAAAAAACAUGUAUUAUUUCUUUCCACUGCAAUGUUACUUUAUAGCAAAGGCUUUUAGCGAUAAAAAAAAAUAGACUGUACAUACUUAAUUUAUAUAAAUAUUUUAAAUGUGGGAGCAUUUAACACUUUGAACAAAUAUUGAUGUUGAAAAAUAAGCAAUUUUGGACCAUUUACCAUAAGCAUUAGACUUAUUUAAUAAUUAGGUAAAUAAUCCUUAUCUUUAAACUUUAAAGGCGUGUUAUUUUUUGCAACAAAACCAUAAAUUAAAAGGUACGUAACAUAACAAUUUGACUGAAGCCAAUAAAAAAUUAAAUUGAUUUGUGAUCCAGUUUUCACUGUGCCUUUCACACAAAGAAAAAGACUGACUAACUAUACAAUGUUUUCUACUAAAAUUAUCAACAAUUAUCAUGGGCCAAAUUUAAUGAAUUUAAAUUUUACGAAUUUAAUAUACAUGGGGGUUUUUGUAACCUCUCUAGUCAAUCGUCAUGGUAAAUCAGUGCUUCAGUAGUAUUUAACUACACAACCUAUUGUGAUAUAAAUUUAGUGAAAUGCUCUCAUAUUUACAUAAUAUUACUUAAGCCUUAAGGUAUUAUUUACCAAAUUCUAGUAUUUUUUUCCAUACAAAUUAUUUAUAUUACGCUAUUUCGAAGCUGUGAAUAGAAAACGCUUUUCUUGUAACCAUAGAAAUAGCUAACCAUAUUACAACAUCAUAGGUUUUCUAUGGUGUUGUGUUUUUGUAUGAUUUGCAAAGUUGUAUUUAAAUAUUUAAAUAGCCUUAGUGGUAGUAUUAAAUGUACAACAUCUCUACAUUUUUUAAAUCUAGAUGUAUUGUAUAUUUAAAUUUUAUUCCGUUCAAUAUACCUACAUGGUAUUAUGAAGGUCAGUGCAAACCUUUUGAAAGAUCAUUUAGAACCUAUUUUAGCAAGUCUUUAGGUAAAUUUGACUAAGUAGGUUUCAAUUGACCUUUUCAAUAACCUUUACAAAGGUUUGCAUUGACCUGCCAAAGACCCUGUAUGCAAAUAAAUUUAGAACAAAUAAAUAACAAGUGCAAGUGUCUACAGUACAGCCCUUUAUUAUUGUACAAACUAGAGUAAGAUACUAAAGCUUGUUGUAUGUCCAUUACUGUUGACACAUUUAAUGUAUUGCUUAAAAUUACAUUUUUGUAUAGAUUAUUUACAUUUAUUAUAGAAUUUAAGCUACCAGUGGUAUUUUUUGUAGAGAAUCCGUGUAUGUAUUUAUGAUUUAUGCUAAGGCAUUAUUGUGGUUAAAAAUAUAUUUUAUAUACAUUUGUAACACUUUGCAAUAAAGGAUAUUUGUCAUA